CAUUUUCUUUACAUUGUCCAUCUGAAUUUUUGUCAACCGCUUUUUGGAGUGUUAACUCUUGGGAUAACAACGACACGAGCUUGUUUUUUGAACUUUAUCCGACAGCAGUAUCGGCUUGCAAAUGUAACAGAAGAGGGAGACAAUAGAGAUUGUCAUUCGAUAUUUGUUGAUCUGUAAGGGUGCACUUCUUCGUUCAUUUCCAUCGGUUGCAAAUUGAGGGUAGCUUUCGUUUGGAUGAGUUGGACGAUACUGUGGCAAGCGAUCGGAGUUCUGUUUGAGUCAGACCAAACUGCACAUUUUUCUCCAAGCGUAGAAUGAAUUUGAUUCGUCGAUUAUCCGGUGAUGUGUCUGGCAUUUACAAGCUUGAUGAAGGCAAUCCUGAAUUCACUGUUCGCUACAACGGAGUCGUCUACUUGCGCGGUGAGACGUUCAGGAAAGACAUAGCCAAGUAUCUUUGUAAUGCAGCCGUAGAGAAACUCUUCGAAGAUUCGACUAAGAGAGCCAAGCGCAUAACUUUGACCGUCUCAUGUGACAUGAACAAGGGAAUUACGAUAGUGGACGCGAGUACGCAGGCGAAACUGGCGUUCGACUUGCAGAGCAUAGCGUUCAGCUGCGUUGAUUUAAAUAGACCUAAAGUGUUCUCGUUCCUUGCUGAUAUCGACGGCUGCCUUCAAUGCCAUGUUUUUGUGGCGGAGCGCGAGGACAAGGCAAGGCUCAUCACGCUCACGAUGAAAAAUACAUUUGAAGAAGCAUUCAGCAAAUGUGACAGGAGCUUACAAAAAGAAGAGAGAAUCAAAAGGAGGAAAACCAGUGUCAAAUCAACUGGCUAUGAAACUUUAGAAGAGCUGGAUGAAGUCGGCUGGGGUUAAGUCACUUUUAGGACUACAUGCUUAAAAAAUGGAGAGAAAUAUUAUGUGAGAAAUAAUAGUGUUAGUGGAAGCUGAGUUCACAGAUAUUUUUGUUGCGCGUGAUGUAGAAAAAAGUCGGCUUUUUCGUGAAAGAACACUUCCUUCUUGAUUUACCUUUGGUGUGCGCAAGUUUUUUGUUAAUUACCAGAUGCGUUAAUCGUGCGUUAUGUGAAAAUUUGUCAAACGGUCAAAAUCGUUUUUACUGAGAAUAUUCAGCAAAACACACCCACUACUGCAAGCACGGAUGUCGCCCAAGAAAGAGAUAAUUUGACAUAAUAUAAAUCAUCAAUUGGAUUCGAUAAUGACGUUAUUCGGACAAAAUCUAGUUUGUCCUGCUAGUGGAGUGCAAGAAUGUUAACGUUUUGCGCAUUUUAUGCUAAUUUCUUUUGUUUUCUGUAGCAACAGACCGUCAGGUGAAUUUAUGUGCAUGUGCGGGUUGCAAGAUGUAAUGUUCUUAUGUGUGAUUAAUUAUAAGCCUAAUAACCAA